CCCUGUGCUGGCCGGGGCGGAAGCUUUGUCUGGGGACCCGGCCUCCCGAGUACCCCUGCGGCCGGGCGGGGCGGCGAGCCCCUGGCUGCCCGGUGACCCGUGUGGUUGGUUCCCAGGUCACAGUGCGUGUGAAGGGUGAAGAUGUGACCCCAGAGGAGAUGGAUGCCCCUGAAGCAUUAUGGGAAUCUCAGCGCACCCAGCAGCCCCAUCCCGCAUGGGGAUCCCUGGAGGAGGCGGCCCUGAGGAAGUGUGAGCUGCCAGGCGCCCCUGGAAAGGAGCCCGGAGUUGGAAGAGAAAUGGCAGGUGCUGGAAUCCUGAGCCGGGCUGAAGAGCAGCCUUGCAACAAAGUGCUGCCCCCGAGUGUAUCACAGAGUGGCUCAGGAGAGAGCAUUACCCACAGACCUGAGCAGGGAGGAGCCUGCAAGAGGCAGAAGAAGAUCCCAGCGGGGAAGGAGCCAGGCCCCCCAAAGGAACAUGACAGCAGAUUCAGGAAACUAACCCAGCUCUUUGCACAGGGGAGACCUCAGACCACAGGGGAUCUUCACCACGAGCAACACCAUAGAUGUCGAGACUGUGGGGAAGGCUUCAGGGAAAAGCAGGAGCUCACGGCUCACCGCAAGGUCCAUGAGAGAGAGAGACGCUAUCCCUGCGCUGAAUGUGGAAAGAGAUUCAGCUGUCCAGCACAUCUCAAAACCCACCAGAGAAGCCACACGCGCGAGAAGCCCUACUCGUGUGGAGAGUGUGGCAAACUCUUUGGCUAUCUCUACACGCUGACUACCCACCAGAGAACUCACACGGGGGAGGGCUUAUUCCCCUGCGACAAGUGUGGGAAAACCUUCACCAGCCCCUCGGACCUCAACAAGCACCAGCGCUCCCACACGGGUGAGCGGCCCUACCCCUGCACCGAGUGCGGGAAGCGCUUCAACCGGCUCUCCAACCUGAAAAUGCACCACAGGACUCACACGCAGGAGAGGCCCUACCCCUGCGCUGAGUGCGGGAGGCGCUUUGGCCACCUCUCCACACUCGUGAGGCACCGGAGAGCCCACACAGGGCAGAGACCCUUCCCCUGUGCUGUGUGUGGCAAGACCUUCACUAGCAGGACAGGGCUGAGCAAGCACCAGAGAAUCCACACAGGCGAGCGGCCCUACCCCUGUGGCGAGUGUGGAAAACGCUUUGGCUACCUCUGCGCUCUGACCACACACCAGCGGCUGCACACGGGGGAGAGACCCUUCUCCUGUGCUGAGUGUGGGAAAACCUUCACCAGCCCCGCGGACCUGACCAAGCACCAGCGCUCCCACACGGGCGAGCGGCCCUACCCCUGCACUGAGUGCGGGAAGCGCUUCAGCCAGCUCUCCAACCUGACGAUGCACCAGAGGACUCACACACAGGAGAAGCCCUACCCCUGCGCUGAGUGUGGGAAGAGCUUCAAGUACCUGGCUUACCUCGCCAUUCACGAGCGCUCCCACACCGGGGAACGGCCCUUCCCUUGUGACAAGUGUGGGAAGAGCUUCAGCAACAAGUCAGCUCUCACCCGGCACCAGAGAAUCCACGCCAGAGCUGCAGGUGGGGACAAGUGAGGCCAUCCCGGCUGAGAGCUCCGCUCCAGGCAUUCACCAGGAAUAUUUGAAUUGGAGGAACAGAAAAUGGUUCUACAGAACCCAAGGGAAAUCAGGAGUCAAAACCCAACUCCUAUUAUCCCUUCACACACAGUGUGGGUCUUGUCUUCGCUGCACAGUUAACCCCAGCUCUUAUCUGGGUUUUAGCCCAACCUACUGCUACCCACAUCCUGGGAAGGAAUCGUACAGCAUCUCAAAACAAAGAACCACAGGUCUGUCCCCAGACCGGACACACACGGGGAAGUGUAGACACAGUAAUGCAGGUAGGGCUUGCAGUAGGGACAUUCGCACCUGGGUUAGGCUAACCAGGGUGCCCAGAUCCAAGUGCCAAUCACCUGAAUUAACUGUAUUAAAACUUACCCCAAUGGCGAUGAGGAGGGCUAGCCUUUGCUUUGUUCUCCUGAGGGGUCUCAGGGCCUGAAUCCCCCAGCAGUGCCUGAUCACUUUGGGUGUGUCCACAUGGCAGAAUGUAGGCAUGUCUGGAUUCCUGUGCCUGUGAACUCAUGCUUGCCAGGCCUGUCUGUGAGUGUCCACCCUGCAGAGCCCCACACAACCCAGCCUCAUGUAGCCGUGUUCACAGUCACAUGGCAAUGACAGAGGUUUGGCGCUAGGAUUUCUGGGGGUGUAUGCCAGGGUGCUGGAGCCAUUCUAGGAAUUGGUUUAUGGUGUAUUGUGGGAGAGCUUGUCUGUCUUUCCCAAACUCCUUUGUCUUAGAAGUGUUCUUAACCCAGCAACACCUGUAGCUAAGGCACUUCAGGCCCGGCACACUUCUUGCUUCUACCCACUCCAGCUGGUGCCACACCAUGGAUCCAGCACGGUUGGAAUUGCUGUUCCUGCUUGUGGCUUCACUGUUAUUGCAGAGUACGGGUGGAGGGGCUAAUGACAGCAGACAGCAUUUUAGCACCAGUUGCUAUGGAGAUCUGUGGUUGGCGGCCCAUACCCCGGUUGGGGUGACGGGCAUGAAUGAUGAAUGAUGAUGAUGAAUGAUGCUGACCCACAGAUGGCAGCAGUGGAUCUUGGAGGGGAGUUAAUUCUUGGCAGACUGAUGACACCUUUUGCAUGCUGUAGUUGCUGUGGAUUGCCUAUAUGUAGACCAGGGCUUCUGAUGCAGGAUGGCUAGCACAGAGUGGUGGGGUCACAUCAUCUUGCAGACCUGGGGUGACCAGCAGUGGCUCCAGAACUCCUGCAUGAGGAAGCAGACCUUCCUGGAGCUGUGUGAGGCCAGUCUGUGUCUGUGACUCAAUCCCCCCCUUCCACUGGGAUCUCCAGUUCCCCCAGGCUAAAACCCAUUUGGUCCCCACUCAAAAGCCUGUGAUGCAGGACUGUGGACUCUGUGCUCGAGGUGGGGACGGGUGCUCCGUCAACAGCUCUGUAGUAAGGGCAGGUAGUUAACCAUCUACCACAAGGCAAAGGCUGGCA